UUUGCCGAGGCACCCCCACCCCGAACCUACCCAGGAGCGAGAGCGCUCCCGGGUCCCAUGAUGCAUCGCGCGCCGCGUCACACAGAGCGGCGGGUUCCAGCUCGGCAGGUCUUUUCUAUUUGUUGAAAUGUCUAUAGUUUUAUCUGCUUCAGUGGUUCGUGUACGAGAUGGAUUACCUCUUUCUGCUUCUACUGAUUAUGAACAAAGCGUGGGAGUGCAGGAAUGCAGAAAGUAUUUUAAAUCACUCUCAAAGAAACUUGGUCAACUUCCUGAUAGAUGUACGCUGAAAACUGGACAAUAUAAUAUUAAUUUUAUUAGCUCCCUGGGAGUGAGUUACAUGAUGCUGUGUACCGAAAAUUACCCAAAUGUCUUGGCUUUCUCUUUCCUGGAUGAGCUUCAGAGGGAAUUCAUCAGUACUUACAACAUGAUGAAGACAAAUACUGCCAUCAGACCAUACUGUUUCAUUGAAUUUGAUAACUUCAUUCAAAGGACCAAGCAGCGAUAUAACAAUCCCAGGUCUCUUUCAACAAAGAUAAAUCUUUCUGACAUGCAGACUGAAAUCAAGCUGAGACCGCCUUAUCAAGUUUCCAUGUAUGAACUGGGAUCUGCCAAUGGAUUCACAUCUUCAUUUUCUGUAGAAUGUAAAAGUGCUAGUAAGAUUUCUUCUGCUCACCAGCGACUGGAGCCAGUGACUCUGUCAGGGAUUGUGGCAUUUAUUCUUAGUCUCUUAUGUGGGGCUCUGAAUUUAAUUCGAGGUUUUCAUGCCAUAGAAAGUCUCCUACAGAAUGAAGGUGAGGAUUUCAGUUAUGUCAUUGCAUUUUUCCUUGGAACAGCAGCUUGUUUAUACCAGUGUUAUUUGCUCAUCUACUGCACUGGCUGGAGGAAUGUAAAAUCUUUCUUGACUUUUGGCUUAAUUUGUCUAUGCAACAUGUAUCUAUAUGAACUCCGCAACCUCUGGCAGCUUUUCUUUCAUGUGACGGUGGGAGUAUUUGUGACACUACAGAUCUGGCUAAGGCAACCCCAGGGCAAGUCUCCCGAUUAUAACGUCUAAAAACAAGUCCGACAACAUUUGCCUGCAACAGCUGCCUAGAAGGGUAAAGAGAGCCUCCUGCUUGUCAGUGGAGAAAAUUUCCACCAGACAUGAGAAGCUUUAUUUCCCCUCCUUUCUCCACCUUUCUUUUUGUUGUUUCCAAACAACAGACCCCGUGUACACCUGCCGUGGAAGUCUUCCCAAAGUCUUCAGAAACGUUACUGGCUGAGGGAUCAUCGGCGCACACCGGGAAGACAGGCCUACUUUUUGCUCUGCUAAACUUGUGGAAGGACAAAGUCAAUGUGGAAGAGAACUAGUAGCAAGCAGCACGUCGGCCUUUCUCAGUGUGAACAUGAAUCUAGUACUAGUUAUCCGAACCAAGAGUGAACUGGUACCUAUGCUGGUCUUUGCCUUUGUGAGGCAGUAGUGUAGAUUAAAUAAAAAGAUGCUGAUGGCAUACUGGCAGACUUCUAUUUGAAAUGAAAAAGUAGUUACUAAAUGUCAGAUUAUUGGAUUAUACACUAACAGUAAUGUGCAUUUAUGUGUGUGUCUGAAGGACAUUUUUUUAAAAAUUGGUUCUUUUAUUAAAGUUUUCACUUGGAUCCUUAACCCUAGAAACCACCUAAUUAUGAAGAUGAUCCUGGCAGCCCCACUUUUUGCAAGAGAUUUAGAAAUAUUUAGGAGACAGUCAUAUUUACAAGCUGCUUGUGUAUGGUUUUGGAAGUGGCCAUUAGAGUUUACUAUAAGGCAGAAAAUUCACCUAUCUCUCUAGACCUGUUGUUACCUUUCAGUGCUUGCAAAGUUAAACCAUUAACUGUCUGAAUCCUCAGCAGCCCUCCUGAUAAAAUUGUAAAAGAUGUCCAAAUACUUUGAAAUUCUGUAUUGUUAAUCCAGGCAUAAACAAAAACUGCCUACAGUUAUCAAAUCCAUUAGACAUCAGUUCUGCUUUUGGCAGCUGUAAUCAUGAAUGUCUCAUUUUUAAAAAAAUGAAACAAAAGUUUCCAAGCAGAAAAUUUUAAGGUAGCUUCCUGAGAUAGCAGGAAGAAUACAGGAGUGGGAGUCAGGAGAUCUGUGUUCAAAUCCUAGCUCUGCCCCCACCAACCUUCGGCAAGUCACUGCCUAUUUAGGUUAAUUUUGUUGUUGUGGAGUCAUGCCUGACUCUUCAUGACCCUUUUUUUGAGGUUUUCUUCGUAAAGAUACUGGAAAAGUCGGUCAUUGCCUUCUCUGGCUCAUUUUACAGAUUGAGGAAAACGGGGCAAAUAGGGUUAAGUGACUUACUUAGCCACAAUCACAUAGUAAAUGUCUGAGGUUAGAUUUGAACUUGGGCCUUCCAGAAUCCAAAGUCAGCACUCAUUUGUAAAAUGAAGGGGAAGCUGGAUGAGAGAAUUUCCAAGGUUCCUUUCAUUUUUAACAAUCUAUAAUUUCAUGGAGUUUGGUAUUCUUGAAAAAUCAUGGACUUUAUGCUGCUGGUGAAAAGAUGCAUUUGUAACUAAAUGAGAUGUCAGAAAGAAGUCUAAGAAAGACAAAGAUACAUAGGGCAAAUUCAUUAUGUCGUUUUAAUUACAAUGUCCCUUUAUAUAUGUUGCUAUACUUUUCUAGGUUCUUACCUAAGCAUUUUUAUUAUGUGCAUAUAAUAUAUUUUACAGUAUAAACCUUGAUUAGCCAGAACUGUUUUGCUGCAGUCAACUUCUAAGAAAAAGCAGCAAAUGACAAGAAAAGCUGUUAUCAGGGAUUUAUUUGAAAAAGCAAUACAGGGUAGGUGCUAGGGUCAGUACACAUUCAACUCCUUUUAUAACUACAAGAUUGUGCAAGAAGAAUUGACAUUCAGAAUCGUGACCCGGAGGCACUUUAAGUCAUAAAUCAUCAAAGAAACAGGAGAUGAUAUUCACUGUGCUGUACUUACUGAGAAAGGAACGUAUGGACUAAUAAGGUUUUAUAAAGAUUUUCAACAAGCAUUGAACAGAAAGAUUUUUUAAAAUUUUAUUUAUGUCAGAAAGAUUUAUUUAUGUCAGAAAGAUUUUAUUCCCUCUUUCAUCUAUCAGUAUCCACAUCACUCUGUAUACAUCCAACAUUCUUGCUUCUGCCAAACUGGGAAUGGUUUGUUGUCUAGGAUUUUGUGAAUCUUUGGGGUGGAAAUAGAUUUUUGCCAAGAAUAUAGAGAAACCCUGGACUUUUGAGAGCAUAUCUUGAACAUUUGUAAAUUAUCCUAUAGUUUUUAUAUUACUUUUUGCUUUUAAAAAUAUUUUCUAUUAUGUCAUCUUCAUACUAUCAGGGAUGAUAUGAAAAAUAGUUAUUGCUUAUCUAAAUUGUACAGAGAAGGAACCUGCGGUACAAAAAAAGGUAUGAGACUUACUGAAAUUCCUCAAAACAAAUUCAGUAUUAGUGUCCGUGUCUUAGAGCUCCAGGUUCAGGACUCUUUCCUUUGCAAUGGGAAUCAUAGUCACAGGAUAUAGAUUUUUCUUUUUUUGUUAGAAUUAGAGUCCAGACCCUUUGAAUGCAAUAACUCCACACUUCCUUCUGCCAAGUAUUGGUAUAUAUUUUUCCUAAGUUAGGGUGUCUUGAGGAUCUUUUUAUUGUCCAAGAUAAUUUGUGCUGUUAUGACACAAAUACCUUUAUUUUCCAUAAGCCUGACAAUAUUACUUAUUUGUUUGACAGAGGUAUUCCUUGAUUGCUCCAGGAGGUCAGCACUCAGGGAUUUUAAUUUCUGGGCUUCCACAUAUUUGUAGUAAACUCCAUCCUUUUGACCUUUCGACCUUGAUCUUUUCUGGACUAGAAACAAAUAUACUGGAACCUGAAGAUUUGCUUCCUAUAAGUACAAGAAUAUUUUUGUUUGAUUUUGAAUUUUUGCUAUAGUAUAAAAUGAAUGUACCAUUUUCAGGUGACUACAAGAUAGGAGUGCUUAUUGCAGUUUAUAAAUAUGUGAAAUGUUACCUUCAAUUAACUAUAGAAUUGAAGGCCUUAGCUCAGUUAAAUUAACUCCUCUAGAUUAAUGCAUCAGAUUCAGAGCCCUAUUUCUUUUAUGUUGUUACUCCAUUAAGCUUCCAACUUUUCAAGGUUGCACAGAGGCCAUAAUACUUUUCAUUUCACUCUUUUCCGGGAGGCCAUAAGUAUUCCUUUUAGAAUUAGGUACCUCGUGCUAAAAAUGGCCUAGAGAAGCAGUUUUUAUCCAUUCUAUGUUCCAUAUGCAUUACUGAUAUCCUUGAUGACCUGUCCUGGCCUGUAGGAAUUACUGAGUAUAUAUAUAACCAAACUGUCUUUUACUUGUUCUUUUUAGCUAUUUAAAACCUGGUUCUGUUGACCUAGAAGUAAUUUUGUGUUUAGUGAUAGAGAAAUGAAAUUAUUGUAGAAAUUAUUUCUACCACACACAAAUCAAACUACAUAUAUAGUCACCACUCUAAACAAACCUUUUAAAAAAAUUCUCUAAAACUUAUUUAUGAUUAUGCUGAUGCUUUCCCUUUUUUUCAUAGUCUUAAGGAAAUGUAAUUUUCCAAGUACUACAGUAAGCACAUCACUACUUCAUCAGAGGUGGAGUUUAAAUUUAUUUUUGCAUGCUGGCCUAAAAGUUGAAAUAAAUCUGAUCGUAAAAGUCUUGUGAAUGAGUAUCAGUUAAGAAUUUAGUUCUUAUAAUUUUACAAACUUGAAAAUGGUUUUCCUCUCUAUUAAUUUUCUGGGAUGAUGAAUUGAAUUGAUGAUUGUGGUUUUUGUAGAGUAUUGAGCUUCUGAAGAGAAGUCAUAGGUGAGGAACUGGGUAUAUUCAAUCUGGAGAAGAGAAUGUUUAAGGGAACAUGAUCCUUGUCUUCUAAGUAUUUAAAUGACUGUCAUGCGAAGUGAGUUGUUCCAGAAGGGAAAAAUCCAGUCAGGAACAUAGGAUAGCUAUGACAGAAAAAUCAGCUUCAUUUUAGUAUAAGGAAGAAUUUUCCAGUUAGAGCUGGGCAAUAACAUAUAAUGAGAAGUCCUCUACUAGGCAGGGUGCAUCACCUGCCCCAUGUUUUAUGGAAGCAGAAAUUGGCUGAUCACUUGUCAGGGUUAUUGUGGGGGAAUUGGCACCUGUGGUAUGGGAUUCAACAGGCUGACCUCUGAGGUCUCUCCCAACAAUCUUGAGAUUUUAAGUGAUAGCUGCUGCUUCAAGAUUUAUUACUUUUGUCCCUUUCCAGAUUCUAUUUUUAGUAGGUGGAAACACAGGUUGCCGUGUGGAUACAUGUAGCUGAAAAUCAAACCUUUGAUUGCCUCAUUGUUUUUCUUGUUAAUCGAAUAUAGCUGGAAACUUGCACACAGUUAUCUCUUUUGUCAUAAAUGGUCCCCACUGCAUUAAGCAUAGUAUUAACACUCAAAGAGCAGAGCUAUUAGUCUUUUAAAGAGCUUAUCUAGUUGAGCAUUGACAGUGGAUUUUAGAGUUAGUUUGAUAGCAAAAAUGAAUGGGGAAUGUCAUUUCUUAUGAUGGGACUUCCUGAUAAUUAGGUGUCCCCUUUCAUCACUGCCAUUAAUUUUACCUACAUUUUAAUCAUUUUCCCUUUGCCCCAUCAGUCCUCAUACACAAAAAAAUCACUCGGGAAGGUGAAUCAAGGCAUGGUACCACAUACUUUGAACCUUCCUACCUCCUCAAAAGGAAACUUUUUAUUAAAUAUGUAGGAGGUUACAACCAUUAUGUUGCAGUGGACAUUAUUUACAUUAAUUUAUAUUUCACUGGAAGUCUUUAAGCAGCGGCAGAACAGGCACCUAUCAGGAUUCCUGCUUCAGGCAAGGCUGGUCUAGACGACAAGUUCUGGUACUGAAAAUCUGUUAUUCUAUGAGCACACUGGAUAUGGAGGUGGAAUAUUGUAUCUAGGUGAAGAGGACAUGGACAGGAAAAUGGCAGUGUAUGUGUAGCUCUAUAAUUUGUGAGCUGCAAUGAGGUAUGGUAGUCUCUGCAAGCUUGGAAGUCAGGCCCAAGUUCAAAUCUUGCCUGUUACAAAUUCAGUCUAUAACAAUGAGCAAAUCACUUAACCUCCUAGUAGUCCAGGCAAAUCAUUUUAAGUUAUACAUGAGUUUCAGAUGUUGGAGGAAGGAAUUUCAACACUUUGAGUGCCCUAGUGAUAAAAUCACAAAUUCAGACAACCCCCAAAGAAAAAAGUUCCCAGUCUCCAAUCUUCAAGUUAUAGACAUGGGAACUGUAAUAUUUCUUGGGAAAGAUAGUGGAUAAACGUAUGAGGAACCAGAAAAGUAUGUAUAAGCAAGCAUAAUAUAAAGUGUUAAUGAUUUAACCAAAAGCAGUGUGAUAAUUUAGCAGAUGAUGAUCUGGGGUAGGUUAGUUUCUUAAUCUAACUGAUUUUUAUAUAAGUAAUAUAUAUGUGUAUAUAUAUAUAUACAUAUAUAUAAUAAAAUUUACCAUGCAAUUAAUUACUUAGUGGUCUAGGCUAUGAAAUUAAGGUUCAAACGGAUCUUUCAAAUGAGUAGUAUGUUAUAUUUAGAAUUAUUUUUUUUCCCUAGUUUUAGGUGAUAAUCCAGACUGAGCUUUCAUAUAAUAAUAGCUAUAACAAAACUUAUUGCUGGGAUAAUUGGCUUUAAACAGAGCCAUUGUAUGGAAAUUCAAAUUUAUACACGCUAUCUAUUAAGGAAUUGGCUUUAUGAGAUUCAUUAGGGCUCCUAACAUUCAAAAGAAGAAUCCAUUUUUUAAAAUGCUGUCACUGUCAGGAUUUUAUGUAACAACUCGUACCUCCAUCAACAUCCCCCUGAAUCUCGAAGACUCUCUCUAAUGUCAGUCACUUAAAUAGCCUGCCAUGAGGCUAUGUAGAACCCUAUACUGGCCAUUUCAGAAGCAUACAAAGAAAGGAAGAGACUUGAAGCUCCCAGACUUUACAAUGAGAGACAUUUCGUGCUCUUGGGAAAUAUCCAAUCUGACAAGACAUGGGAGUUUAGAGUCUAACAAGGCAGUUAUGCUGUUUCAAAUUUAGUCCAUUCCUGAAUACAUUUCAUACCCUUAAAAGUGGAUAGCUUUGAAACAGCCCAUGUAAAUCCAUCCAUAUCAUAGCUAGACUUUGUAACUCCUGCAGAGCUUAGGACAGUGUGCCACACAUGGUCAAUGUUUAGAAAAUAUUUAUUGAAAUAAUGAACUGAAAACAAGUCUUGAUUAUACAGGCCACUCACUAUACAGGUUCUAUGAGCAGAUUUGGGAGGGAAAGUGCAGCCUAUAAUCAGACUAUAGCAUGUAUUCAUAAAUCAUUAGAACUUUACAGAGGUCACAAAAUCCAAACCCCUCAUUUUGCAGAUGAGGAAACUGAGGCCUAAGAAGGUCAAAUGCUUUGCCCAAGACCCUAGUGGCAGCUAUAUGGUCCAGUAAUCAGAACUUUGGACCUGAACCUAAAAGGACUUGAUUUCAAAUCCUACCUCAGGAACUUAUUAGUUUGUCCCUAGAUCAGUCCACCUCUCAGACUCAGUUUCCUAAUUUAUAAAAUGGUGAUGAAAAUAGCACUUACCUUCCCAGAUUACUGUAAGGACCAAGUGAGAUAAUACUUGUAAAGUACUUUGCACUAUAGAAAGCACUAUAUGAAUGCAAGUUAUUAUUACAGCUAGAACUCAAACCUUCCUCGCCUCAAAAUUCCUGACAACUGGUUCAGUGUUUUAACCAAACCAUAAUACUUCUCUUACAUUGCAAAGCAGUCUUCACAUCUGACAUCCUAAACAAUUUUGCAUAGUUCUGCAAUGACUGCUCCAUUGCAUAAGAAGCCGUGUUCCAAUGGCCAAUGAAAUGAACCCUGUAUUCUGUUUGCAUAUUACUUUUUAAAGGUAGAACUGGUAUUUGCCAGGGCAUUGGCACUUAGAAUUGAAAAAGGGAAGGUUCUAGGGCAGGAGUGGUGGUAGAGCCAGAUUAUGGAACUGGAAAGUUAGAAGGAAUUUUAGAAAUGAUCUAGCCCAACUCCCUUAUUUUCCAGAUAAAAUUGGGGCCUUGAGAGGGGAAACGUUUGUCUUCAGAGUAACAUCAUUGAGACUAAGACAGAUAUCCCCUCCUUGCCAUUAGAACCCAUUUACUUAUAUAAUUGCAAAAUCAUAAACUUGGUUUUAAAAGACUUUAAACGUGUGCAUAGAAUCAAAUCUCUUAGAUGUGGGAUGGGCAAAGGGGAAGCUGUCACUGCUUUAUAAGGUCAAAGAAGUUGUUGCUGGGUAGCCUAAAUCAACAAGUACACAAAAUAUGGCUGGUGAGAUGCAAAGUGUAGUCAGAAUAAGUCAAGAAUUAUUUUCUAAAGACUACAAUAAAAGAUUUUUUAUCCGCCUAGAGAUGUAAUGCAUAUUUUCUUGCCUGACACCUUUGUCUCAGAUAUCUCAUUAGUCUUCUCUGGCUAAACCUUCCUUUACACUUCCUUUUCCCUUAAAAUUGCUAUAACAGGAGUUAUUAACCAUGGAAUAAAAUUAAAGAUAAAUUGCAUAUUUUAUGUUAAAGAAUAGAUUGGCAAUUUAUGAGGACCAAAGUGUCGUUAAAAAAAUGAAUCUGUCAUGGUAGUGAGUGGUCACUUCCUUCUGGUUUGACAUUCUGAAGGGGAAAAAACAACAGAACAUUGGAUGCUUCUGAUGGCAAACAAAGAUCUUCCAGCACAAUCCCCUGGACAGAAAGCUUUAUCCUCAAAUCCUAAACCCAGUCACCUUUUUUCCUUUCUGAAUGCUUCCCUCAAAGUUCCUUUUUAAAAAUAGUUUUAUAGGAAAGAGGAAAGAUAGCCAAAAGAAAAAGCAUUCUAAUUGUGAUCACUUUUUUUUUUCUGAGAGGGAAAAAUGUAAAACAUUUAGGUGAAUAAAAAGGAAGUUUGAUAUAGUUUUUUGGCCUUAUUUCAUCCAAAACCUUUUGUCAUCAAGGUCUCCCCUCUUUUAGCCUGGAUUUUUUUUUUUUUUACAAUCUUAUAGGCAGGUUGGCUCUGAAAGAGGAAGUGCUAUUAUUGCCUCACUGAAUGAAGUUGGCAAUUCUAGGUUCCAUGCCAAAGCUUCAAGUAAGUAGGCUAGCCCUUCCUCUGGCUUCAUUCACACCCUACAGGUCUGAAACUCAUUCCUAUCACCAUUUCCUUCUGGGCCCUUCUCCAGCUAAGGAUGGAGAAUGCCUUUUAUUUCCCUGAUAGAUAAUAGAGCACAAAUCCCUUGGAAAACCAUGGACCUAGAUGGAUCCAGUUCUCUUCAUAUCACAGAUAACUAUAGCUGUUACCUUGGCAUAUAGCAUCUUGGGGGUAUGUUUUGUUUUGAAGGUAACAAGAUUUUUUUAUAUCAUUGAUUCUUCUUGCCAUAGUAUUUUCUUUUUUUUAUUCUUACAGGCCUAGUGAUGAUUCUUAAGACAGCAGGGCAAGGGCUAGGCAAAUGGGGUUAAGAUUAAGACUUACCCAGUCACACAGCUAGGAAGUGCCUGAUGUCAAAUUUGAACCCAGGUCCUUCCGACUCCAGACUUGAAGCUUUAUAAACACUGAGCCACCUAGCUGCCUUCUGCCCCGUGUUUUCUGAAGUACAUUAACAGUUGUUUGUUUUUGCUUUUUUUAAUGAGGCAUUCAUGUAGUCUCACCUUUUACUUUCCUUUUGGCCAGAGGUUGGUGAUUGUUUCUGAACUAUAAGUGAUGGCAAGUAUUUAUAUCACGGUUGAGCAUGGGGUUCAGUACUUUGGGAAUCUGCUGCUUAAAGUAGAAUGAUAUCAUGGGUUCCUAUUGCCAAGAAAGUAAAACUUGGAGUCGCAUAAAUGUCUACAACUUUCAGGAUUAUAUUACAGAUGACGUCAUCAUCUGUAAUUAUAGAUAAUGAUGAGGUUUUUUUAAAAAAAGGUUUUUUUGUAAAAUUUAUAACUUUGAACCAUGUAAGGCUGUUUGGUCACGUCUAUUUUUAGCUUCUCUAAUGUUUCCCAUUGAUGCAGUGAGUUGACUCAUAUCAUUCACGGUAACUAUGCCAUCUGAAAGGGCCGGGGCUUGACUGUCCUUUUCAAAAAGAUGGAAGCUAUAUUCUCACAUGCAACAUGUCUUUGUCAUUUUUUAAAUAAAGUUUUGAUUAUGUACA